GCCCAAUCGACGCCCUUUUCAGGUCUACGUGUUCGCGAUUCUGUGGAGGAAAUUAUCUCUGUCUGCUUCCCUUCUAUUUGUUCAUGCAGCAGAGGCGGGAUACUGGGCCGGGUCUGGGGAUUCUCGAUCUGAAAGGAAAUAAUAGCAAUACUCCCGUGACACCCCAAAGGACGGAUUCGCGGCCAUUGGGGGAUGAACCAGCACCAUCUAAUUCUGCAGGAACAAGGCCCUCCUCGCGCUCUGAAAAUGACCCCGCGAAUCGGAUAAAUCACCCGGCGGGAUAUCCUAUUUCAACGGGACCACAGGUACAACCGUACGGGGGAGCGUUGGGACAGUCACAUUACCCUGCAAUUCGUUUUGUAGAUCAGUCUGGUGGUCCACAGGGGAUGCAGUCACGACCUAUGAUUCCUACAUCUGUCAUGGCUCCCCGCGUGCAGCCCCCCCAAAAACCUGCGCCAAAAACGUCGUCAAAAUCAGAGAGUAACGGAGCAUCGCGAGCGCCCUCGAGGACAAGGCCAGAUCCCGUACCGAGCCCGUCAAUAUCCAUGCACCCUUCACCUGUCGAAACGAGACGUGACCCUUUACCGCGCCAAGCACCUAACCCGCCUUUGAACUUCCAGUAUGAGCACGGAGCGCCCGUACCAAGCCCAUCGACUUCCAUGCGUUCACCAUCCGUGGAACCGAGGCAAAACUCCACGGCAUGCGUUCCUAACACACCUUUGAGCUUUCAAUAUGAUCUUCCUUCUUUCCGGCACACGCAAUCUCAGCCUCAGCUCGCUCCAGCACCGCAGCGCCGACAUAAUGGUGAUCACACUGCACCGCCGGAUAUGCCUUCGGCUCAGAGGCGACACUCGGACCAGAGCAUGGCCUCCGUAUCGUCUACCACCCCCACCUUGACUGUCGGACCCUCCCCAACUCUUUCCAAUCCCUUUUCUUCCCUCGGUCCAGCUUCAGCCCCACCUUUCAUCAGAGAUCUUACUGGAAGCGUCCUCGGGCACAUCCAGUCAAAGUUCGAAGAAGCUUGGACCGCCAACGUGGGCGCGUUCCAAGGCGAAGUGACAAAAUUAUUCAAGGAACUCGAACGUGCCCAAGAGACAAUCGGCAGACUAAGGAAGGAGCGGGACGAUGCCCGGGAUACCGCUCAUCACAUAGCUAUAGAAAAUGAGCGGUUAAUGGUCCAGUUGGACCACGCACAACGCACCAAGGGACCAGGACCGACAAGACUCGAGCCUCAGGUUCGGAUAAAAGAGGAACAGAAAUCGGCGCAUCCUUCAUCGUUCGAUAUGCGUAAGCCGCUUACCCCAGCCGAGGAAUCCAAGCCCACGACGUUCCCUACCCCGACGAUGAUCCGCUUCUCGUCACCAUCUGUCUCUUCGGCAGAUGAUGCAGCAGCGAGACGACGGGUGACUUCUCCCAUCCUGUCUCGAUCCAUGGAGCAACAAAAACACACUCGGCGUUCGAGCAUGGAUAAAGAACCGGACAACAAGGGCAUGGUUUCUGUGACUCUGAACCUCCCUAGGUUCUCCCAGCUCGACUUGCCGGCUAUCAAAACCCAUUCGCCUGCACCGGAGCGAACACCGUUCAAGAAUAACCAGCCUCUUCCGUCACCUUAUCAGAGUGGACCCUUGCCGUUCAAGGGUCAACCUCCUCAUCCUCCUAAUAGCAAUCAUAUUCUUCCACAACUUCAGCCUCCCAGCCAACAACCCUCGCCUCACGAUCGACCUGGUUCGUCUAAUCAGAUGUCGCGUCCGGGUACAUCUCAUCCCCAAUAUCGUACGGAUACGUCGAGCCCUAUCGCACCGCCAUUCAAAGGUGCUCCUCCACCUCAAUCGUCCUACAGAUCUCAGCAAUCGCCCGUGCCGGAACGUGGACCCCCUCCUUUCAAGAAUCAUCCACCGCCCAACCAGACCUUGCCUCCUCAUCAUCCUGGUACACCUAACCCACCGCCGAGUCACUCGUCGCCACCCCAACAUCCAGUACGUCCUCAUCCAGGUCCAUCAAAUCAACAUCAGGGUCGUAUUCACUCGACCCCAAUGGCCCAGCAUCAGCGUCGUCCAAGUGGAUCUGAUCAUGCCUCUCCCCCUCACCAGCCUCCUCAGACAUCGCUGCCCCAGCAACACCAGCCCCGUACUCAUAUGUCACCACCACCACCACCACCACCACCUAUGCCCACCCAGGCCGCUCCACUCCGCCCAUUCAAGCGUAACCGUGCGACGUACGAGAGCGAUCACCCUGCUGAACCCCCUACAUCCUCCCCCCCGGAUGCUAAGGUAACCAAAACGGCUCAUCAGACAGGACCACGGGAGCCUUCAGUCAAAUCUGAUACCGAGCCACUGCAGGAACCACAGGUGAACGGUGGCAGGGACAGCGACAAAGAGCAAAGACCUCCUGAUCCCGAACCCGGUCCCUCGGUACCGGUGCCUGCACCUGCACCUGCACCACCGCCACCACCACUUACCCAAGGAAGAGCGCCGUUCAAAGCCUCCUCGAGCUCCAAUGCUGCGCCGCUCGCGGCGAAGAAGAAACUCGGCAUCAAACACCUCGAUCUCUUGUACGAGACGAGGGAUGACCAGAUGGUUUGUCGGAUGAACUCGACGCAGACGCCUCGUCCGCCGCCUCGGAGGUUCCCGCUGAGCGCGCCGUGGGCAGACCUGCACCGGCAUUAUGAGGAAACGCAUCCGGCAGAAUGCCAGGAUAUGGAGAAGCUCAGCUCGGAUUCCCUUGCGGAGAUGUCGGUGCGGCAGAGGAUGGGCGUGGGGAAGGGCGGAGUGAAGGGGCAUUCCAAAUCUUAGUUUUUUUUCUUCGCUGUGUUUUUGCUCUUUGUUUUCGUUGCUUCAUCGCUGGUUUUUGUAUAUCAUAUCGUACUUUUGUAUCUGUAGUCGUGCAUAUACGUGUAUUCACUUACAUGCGGAUUUUCUGGAGUUAGUAGUGCUAUAGAACUAAGUACAGUAUGUAAUGAUUGCAUCGGCGUUCGUCACGUAGAAUAGGUAGGUUCAUGGUGUAAGUACCGAGCAUACUAAUAUUUGGACAGGUAUAAUGCGGGGUAUCAGUGGGAGAAGGCCCUUUUCGUACCGCUUCACUGGAUCAAUCCUCAUCCGAGAUACUCUAAUCAAAUGCAGACCACAUGAAUUCCAAUGCAGUCCAAGUUGUAGGACUGAUUCUCCGGCAUUCGGAUACUGAGCUGUGCCACAGAGAUAGAACUUCAGGGUCCAUCUCAUAAGAUUCUGAAGUGAUUGACACUUCUGUAACAAACAUAGACUAG